GAAUUGAUUGAGGAGUAGCGCGUUGAGUGAGUGGUUCGUUUUUAGGUUAUUCCCAUAAAUAAAACAACUUUCUUUAUUUACUAAUCAGGUGGUGGUAUAUUUACACAAUACAGUAGGUUAAUACUGUAGACGUUUGGAUGGAUGGGAAUGAAAAGGAGAAGCCUCCAGAUGAGGCCGGUGAUAAUGACAUGAAUUGGGAGACAACCUCACGUAAACGCAACUUGAAUUUGUCACCGACCCAGCUGGAGCCUUCCCCAAAAAAAAUUGUAAUCGACCCGAUAGAGACUAGCAAGCAGUUGGGCAAUACAAAUAAUACAGUCGAACCUAAUACUAGUAAUGUGGCAGAGUUUAAUAAAAAUAAUCCAGUUGAGGUAAAUGAAAAUAAUACAGUCGAGUUCAACCCACAUUUAUACAAACACCCUAGUCUAGACAGCAAAUACCGAGAGUACAAUGCCGAAGAUGAUGGACCAUUUAUAGUUCAUGUCUCUAGAGAGUCCGCUCCAUCGUCCAAUGCCUCUCUGAAACCCAUCAAUGUAGGCCUUUUGCUUACUCAAGGAAAUGUAAACAACAUCCAGAAGGAAGGUGGUAUUAAGUCGGUUCUCCCUACCACAUCCUUCCACAAGCUCAAAAUAUUACCGAACAUUCUCCUCUCGUGUGAAAGUCAACACCGACAUUGGCGAAUUCACCCUGUGCAAAUUGGCAGGGAGUAAAAGCCAGAAGAAGAAAAAAAAAAAAAAAAAAAAAAAAAAAAAAAAAAAAAAAAAAA